AUGGAAACCGACAAAGCGAAUUCAGCAGAAGGGAAAAAAGUAUGCGGGUAUUACCUUUCUCGAGGAAAAGCUCGCAGUGCAGACGUUCUUCUGAUGCCAUACAACUACAUUCUUGAGAAGAAGAUAAGAACGAAUAGCAAAAUUGAAACGGCGCAGAAAAUAAUCAUCAUCGACGAAGCUCAUAACGUGGAAGCGGUCUGUGAAGAGAGCUCAUCGCAUAACCUCACGAGAAGAAUUAUUUCAAUGGCUAGAGAUGAACUCGGUGAAGCGAAAAUAAAAUUCGACAAGGAAAAAGAAUCUAUCGACAUAAUCACAACUCCACGAAAAAUAGAAACAAUAAUAAAUGGAAUGAAAAAAUUGGAGUUGGUGUACGCGCAAAAAUACAACGAGUACGGAAAACAAGAGGGAAAGAAUUUCGAUAUAUCAGAACUUAUCAAUGACGCGGAAAGAAACGGACUUAUGAGAAACACAAAUGAGAUAUGGAAAAACUUAACGAAAAAUGUCAGUGCGUAUUUUGCAUCGUCACAAAGAAAAACACAUCUUUCGGGAAAAAAUUUCGAAUUAUUCGCCUAUAUGAUGGAAGAAUUGAUUUCGAUCCGCAACGAGAAAAGACAUCAUGAUUACAGAGCGAGACUAUGCAAAGAUAAUAACGAUAGAUUCGGUUACAAUCUCAAUAUCUGGUGCUUCAACGCGAAAUACGCAAUAAAAGAUUUAUCAGAGGAAGGAGCAAUAUAUAAUCUUAUCCUCACGUCGGGUACACUCGCACCAAUGCAAACUUAUGUAGACGUUUUGGGCCUCGACGAAUCCGGCAAAAAAACAAUUCAGUUCCAGAAUCAACACAUCAUCAAAAGCGAACAACUUUUAGCUGUCACAAUAACAGGAUACGAGAAGACAGAAUUCAGAAAUAUAUACAAAAACAGAAACAACGACGAUAUGUUUUUGAAAUAUGCGAAAAUCAUCAGUAAAAUUAAAGAAGUUGCGCCUGGAGGAUGCCUGAUUUUUCAUCCAACGUAUAAACUCAUGCGGAAAUCACUGAAUAUUUGGGGAAUAAACGAUUACAGCGCGACAUUCAAAAACAUGUUCAAAGUCCCGGUUUUUGUCGAGCCAGAAAACAAAGAAGAAACGAUAAGAGUAAUUGAAAAUUAUGAGCGCGAAUUGGAACACGAUGAAAAACAGGGCGCAAUACUGAACGGUGUUUGCAGAGGAAAGCUUUCUGAGGGGAUAGACUUUAAGGACAGUAGAGCACGAGUCGUUAUUGUAACAGGAAUACCGUAUCCACCAGUAGAAGAGCCACGAAUCAAGGAGAAAAUGGAUUAUCUGGACAAAAGAAUAAAAACAAAGAGUGGUGAGUUAUCGGGAAGAGAGUGGUAUAAACAAGGAAAGUCAUUGAAAUUAUAA